AUGUACCUCCUUGUUGCCAUGAUUUUGAGUUCAGCUGUGGUAGCAAUAGAUGGAGUGAGGAGAAGGCUCAAAAGCCUCUACUGCCAGCCACCCAGUUGUGUUCCUACUGGUCCCAUGCCCGCACGCAACUAUAUUGCUUACGGUGCAACGCCACCAAAUCAGUAUGCUCCCUCAUGGAUUGCAACCGGAAUUCCUGUUAAGGGGUGGUCUCGUGUCGCUCCAUCAAUGUCAUCUAAGCCUGACAAAGGGCCUGACUCAUCUGAGAUGAGUUGCAUCCCACCAGAAGAAGUAGGAAGUGAAACCAAAAGGAUGGAGGGCUUUAGCACGAGUGUUGAUGCCAAUAUAAUUUGUAACAAUCCUCUUUACCAUGAACCCAAGAAAACGGAUCCAAUAGGAAAAUACAGUGCGAGCUCAGGUUAUGGUUCACCAAGGGCAACCAGAUUUACCAAGAUUACUGAAAAUGUAACUUUUAAUCGUCGCUUAGAUCCCAAAAAGAUGGAUCCUUUAAGCAGGCAUGUGGGAAAUGCUAGUACUAAUCAACGUGCGAUUCCAAGCCCAACAGCGCGUUCAAAUUCUCAACUCUCAACCACUUCAGCAGCAGCAGCAGAAGCAACAGCAACAGCUGCAUUGCCAGCAAACAUGAAGACAAAUGAAGCAAAGACUUUUAGUUCCAUUUCCAACCAUGCCAAUUUGAGUGGCAGCAGCUCCAAUCGCUCCAACAGUUUAGAGAGCUCUGGUGGUGCCAACAAGCCCCACACAGGUGGUGAUGUCAGAUGGGAUGCCAUUCAGUUUGCCACUUCUAGAGGUACAAUCGGUCUUAGCAACUUUAGGCUUCUCAAGCGCCUUGGGUAUGGUGACAUUGGUAGUGUCUAUCUUGUUGAACUUAGAGGGACUAAUGCCCAUUUUGCCAUGAAAGUAAUGGACAAGGCUUCUCUUGCAAGUAGAAACAAGCUAUUAAGAGCGCAGACAGAGAGGGAGAUUCUUGGGCUUCUUGACCACCCAUUCUUGCCCACUUUAUAUAAUUAUUUCGAGACUGAUAAGUUCUACUGCAUUGUCAUGGAAUUCUGCAGUGGAGGUAAUCUUCAUUCUCUUCGGCAGAAGCAACCUAACAAGCACUUUACUGAGGAAGCAGCUCGAUUUUUUGCAUCAGAGGUGUUGUUGGCACUUGAAUAUCUGCACAUGUUAGGCAUAGUAUACAGAGAUUUGAAGCCAGAAAAUGUUCUAGUAAGAGAUGAGGGACACAUCAUGCUCUCAGACUUUGAUUUAUCGCUUCGUUGCUCGGUUAGUCCAACCCUCGUGAAGUCUUCAUCUGUGAAUGUAAGCAACAGUAGCGGCAGCGGCAGGGGAGGCAUUUUGGAUGAUGAAUCUGUAGUGCAAGGUUGUAUUCAACCAUCAACAUUUUUCCCACGCAUAUUGCCCGGUAAAAAGAGCCGAAAAUCCAAAUCAGACUUUGGGCUCUUUGUUGGAGGGUCAAUGCCAGAAUUCAUGGCAGAGCCAACAAACGUGCGGUCCAUGUCAUUUGUUGGCACACAUGAGUACUUAGCCCCUGAGAUCAUACGCGGAGAAGGACACGGCAGUGCGGUGGACUGGUGGACUUUCGGCAUCUUCUUGUAUGAGCUGUUGCAUGGAACAACACCCUUCAAAGGACAAGGAAAUAGAGCCACGCUAUUCAAUGUUGUUGGGCAGCCAUUGAGGUUUCCAGAAAAUCCACAGGUCAGCAUGGUGGCUCGUGAUCUGAUAAGAGGACUUCUGGUGAAAGAACCCCAUAAAAGAAUUGCAUACAAAAGGGGUGCUACGGAGAUAAAACAGCAUCCAUUUUUUGAAGGAGUGAACUGGGCUCUAGUUAGAAGUGCCUUGCCUCCACACAUACCUGAACCUGUAGACUUCUCACAGUAUGCAAGCAAAGAAGCACCCCCAGCUGACAAGAAAGGGCCAGACAUUGGAGGUGAUAAAAACGGCGGUAGUCCUCCAGAAAAUAACAAUGAAUCUUAUAUAGAGUUUGAAUACUUUUAG